AUGGGUGAUGUUGUGGAAGGUCGAAGUGUCUACAAAGUGCGAUUGUUCCUAUGGCGCCUCUGUACGGGUACUCUACCCACUCGUGCGCUGCUACAUUAUCGGCAUAUGAUUGAUAAUCAUUGUUGUCCAUGGUGUGGGGAGGAGGAGACGGUGUCUCAUGUUUUGUUCCUAUGCCCUCGGGUCACGAAAUUAUGGGGGGAAAGUGGCUGUGCGCAGUUGCUUGAAGGUGUGGCACAUAAACCCAUGAAGGAGAUAGUGGCGAGCUGGGCCAGGGCCGAAAAGAAGCUACAAAGGAGAGCGGUGAUGUUAGCAUGGUGUAUUUGGAUGGAACGUAAUGCAAAGGUUUUUAAUAAUGCCAACACAGCCAACUCGAUCAUUUUAGCAAGAGUGCGGCGUGCUAUAGAUGAGCAUGAUAUGUACGCGAAGAAAAUAUAUGGAGUGCAAAGCGGCGGUGGAACGGAGAGCGCCAAAACAUGGAAGGCACCUACAAGAGGGGUGAUAAAGCUGAACUGUGAUGCAUCCCUCGCGUGUGAAGGAUGGGUGGGCUUGGGAGUAGUCGCAAGAGACUGUGAAGGGCAAGUCUUGUUCGCAGCAUUGAGGCGUGUGCGGGCACAGUGGCCGGUCGAAAUAGCUGAAGGUACAUCGCUUCUCAUGGCCGUUAGAUUGGCAAAAAGGUUUGGCUAUGAAAAUGUUGUGCUGGAAUCGGAUAGCCAAGUACUCAUUUCGCGGCUCUCGAAAGCCAUGGUCUACUUCUCGGAUUUGGAUGCUGUUUUAGAGGAUAUCCUAAUGUCUAGUAGUUGUUUUAAUUCUUUGGUUUUGUCUCAUGUUAAAAGGGAGGGCAAUGUUGUAGCCCAUCACCUUGCUAAGAUAGUACCAUUUGGUAUAGAACAAAUAUGGGAGAAUCACAGUCCUGUUAAGGUUGAACCAUAUGUCUUUAUGGAUUUUUUGUCCAAAGAUGAAUGA